GCUGCCUCGCACCGCCCGCCACCGUAUUCACCGGCCGUCCGCAAGUGCUGCCAUGACAGCUCUCACCUCGAGUGAAGGAACAAUUUUAAAGCAAAUGUUACAGAAGCUGUAGCUCUGCUGUUUUGUGGGAUCCAAGUGAGUGAGGGGCCGUUUGGAGACCCAGAUACCGACCGAGUGAGGGGAGCGGAGUUGCACAUUACACCAAAAUGGCAACCCCCUAUGUCACAGAUGAGUCCGGGAAAUACAUUGCUGCCACUCAGCGACCUGAUGGAACAUGGAGGAAGCCGAGGCGGGUGAAGGAUGGUUAUGUGCCUCAAGAAGAAGUCCCUGUGUAUGAAAACAAGUUUGUUAAGUUUUUCAAGAGCAAACCAGACCUGCCCCCUGGCCUGAACCCAUCCGAAGCAGCUCCGGUGAAGCAGCAGCAGCAGAAGAUGAUCCCCGGCUGUGGGGACAGUGAGACAGCUGGUCUCUCAAAAUCUGCCAAGCGCAACAUGAAACGUAAAGAAAAACGAAAGCAGCAGCACCAGGGGCAGGAUGGUGAUGCAGACGUGGAAUCUGUGAGUGAUGCUGUUGAGAACGUGUCCAUUUCAGAGGGCGGUGAGGCAGCAAACAAGACGGCUCCGCCUGAUUCUGUCUCGUCUCCUGAUGACUCUUCAGCAGCAGCUGCGGAAAAGGCCAAGAAGAUCAAAAACCUGAGAAAGAAGCUGCGACAAGUUGAGGAGUUGCAGCAGAAAGUAGACUCAGGGGAAAUAAAGCAGCCAACAAAGGAUCAGCUGGAGAAGCUGGGUCGGGCAAAGGCCUUACAGGAUGAGUUACAGCAGCUGGAGCAGGAUUCUUGAAGCAAUAAGGGACAGACUGAACAUAAAACUAGGGGACCUUUGCAGCUUUGUGAUCAUAGCUUCCAUUUAACAUAUUCUACCUAUUUGAUAUUCAUCAUGAACUCUGGAAACGAACACAGUCCCAGCACCCGUCAAUCCAAGAACAGGACAGACACCCCAUCUUCACUACAGACAAACCUGUUUCCUAGAUACAGAUGUCUAAAUAGCAUCAUGACUCCUGCUCAUGUUCUUGCAUUGGCCCGGCCAGUCAUUUAUAAAUAUCUUUUAAACAGAUCAUUGUGACUUGUUUUGUGCAUUUCUGUUCUUCCCAUUUUGUACAUUUCAUAUCAUCACAAAACACAUAAAAUGCAAAAAAAAAAACCAUUUUGUGUUAAAGAGAAUAUAGUUUGUUGACCUGUCUGCUUUAGGAAUUAACAUUUUUGUCAAAGAUUAGGCGGCAUCUUGCCGUCACACUAAUGUUGAGUCUACACAAUCAUAACAUUUAUUAAAAUACACUGUAAAAAAUGUAUCAUUGUUUUUUAGUAAAAUGUGCGCAGGGUGGUGGAUGACUGGGACGUUUGUUUGGACGGCAUUACAUAAAUUCUUAGAAAAAUAAAUAUAUUUUGGAAACAGUUUAUAUGUGAAGAAGAUAAGGCUAGUGAUAUUCUGUAAUUUCCUUUUUGUCAACAAAUCCCUUAAAGAAAACCGCAGUGAACUGAUCCUACUAGGAAGUAUUACCUGUGUAGCUGAAGCCCUAUUUAGUAUAUUCUUCUGUGCCAUAGAGCUCCAUUGCUGUUCAAAAACUAUUAAAAACACACAAAAGAUCUG